AGAACGACCAAGGCUUCACAAACGCCAUUUUAGAAAUUUUGCGAUCCGUGCUGCUGCUACAUGAAAAAGCGAAUAAAAACGCGUUUUUCAUAGAAAAUAGUUAUCCUUUAAAGUUGAAAUCAGUUCGAAAACUUCUGUUCCAUCAAAAAAGUGUGAAUUGUAACAAAGUUAGUAAAUUAACAACAGUAAUAAGGACACUCUUGGAUUGUGUGCCUCCUUGGUACUUCUUGAGAAACGAAGGAAUUUUAAUUCAUGUUUUGAAAGUGUUCUCCUGCCGGCUGGUAUUGCUUGACGCGAAUGAAGGAUUCCAAUAGUGACUAAAGCAACGUAUUUCAGUAUUUUAUUCGAAGUACGGGGAGUAUUAUAGUUUGUUCUUAUAUUUAUCCAUUCAGGUAACGCCAGAGAUCACUAACCGCAACACAUCAAGGGAAAACACGACCAAACAGUGUUAACAACUAUACUGAGUGACAAAACUGUUUGUUUUUGCUAAUGAAGAUUUUCUGGCAGUAUGAGCACAUUGGGGGGAACUAAAGGGGAGCGUAAUGCCAAGCCCAAAUUUGCCGCAUUAGAUAUCAAUAAGCUCUACAUAACAAGUCGAGGUGAAUCCUUAGAGCCAUCGUCCCAAAAAAGCGCUGUUCCGCGUAAGCAUGGCAUGCAAAGCUUGGGAAAAGUGCCUACGGCUCGUCGUCCACCGGCAAAUCUUCCAUCUUUAAAGGCUGAAGUUGGUAAUCCUGGUGAACAAUCCGGAAGUUGGACUAGCGAUCAUAACGAAGGACAAAAUCUCAUCAAGAGCUCAAGUGAUUUAACGGAAAAGAUCACAGCUUCUCCAAACCCAUCCAUUUCUAACAAUAACAAACAACAUCAAACAUCGUCGCUAAAUAAUUCAAAACCCUCCGAAUCAUCAUGGAAUACGAACGAGUUCCCUUCCCUGGACGGCACUGGGCAGCAUGGCGGAAAUAUCAACAACAAAUCUCAACUAUUUCAAGGAGCCUCUCCGUCGAUUUCGAGGCAUCAAAACGACACAGUUUGUCGUAUUCAACAAAAAGGUUUAAGUGGUCGAUCAGCACUUUCCAAUGUUGCAACAGAGGACGUAGAUGGAGGUGGUGGGAACACCCUAGGCGGAUCGAACAAUUGUCAAAGCACGACGACGUCUUCCCAAUCACCACCUUUGCCUCCUCAGUUCAGGGCUCUUUUGCCACCGUUUAUGCAACGAGGAAGCGACAGCGGUUUGACAGGAAACGAAAACGAAGGAUGUACUUCUUCACUGCCAGCUCUGUCACCAGUUUCUCAUCUUUCAACAUCAGGAAUUGGCAAUGAUUCGAAGAACAACAAUAUCAUCAUACCCAGCGUUAACAACAGCACCAACUUGGACAACAGCAAGAUUAACAACAAUAGUGGUAACAGUAGCAGCGGCAAGAAAAAUAAUAACAAUGAGGGUACUGGUAACAGCAGUAGCAGUUUCGGUACCGUGAACCUAGCGACGAAUGUAAAAAUAUCAAAUCAGUUUCCGCUAAAGCAGCCGUCAGGCUUGACGAUUCAUCCUCACCAACAACAAAACGCUCGUAUUGGUGGCGGAAACAAUUUUUCUUCGAUGCCUACUGCUAAAGGGGGACGAGUUGCUCGUGGCGUGAGCGGUGCAAGUAGCAAUACUGGUAGAGAAGGAAGCACGGAAAGAGCGAGCGGAACCGCCUAUAAUGAUAAUUAUCAGCCCACAAACCGCCGCGGAGGUAUAACUCAUCAACCUCGAUAUGCUAACCGUAGCGCAAUGGGUGGAAGUGUUGGAAGUUACAACAGCGCAGUUGGCCAUGUGCGAAGUAGCGGAAGUGGAAAUGUUGUAGUAUCUGGCGAUGCUGGUAGUCCUGGUGGAUUCCACGAUGAGAAUCGUAAUUCACAUCCACCAUAUGGUUCAGGCGUUCUUGCUGAGCAAGAGGUUGUGGUGCGACCCAUCAUACGCGAUGAAGAAUUACAAAGAUUAGAAGCAAUCGCUAAGGAUGAAGGAUGGGCAAAAGAUUACGAGUUUGAUUAUAACCAGAAAUUAGAAUUUUCUGACGACGAGUCAGAGAUAAAUUCUUCGUCAACUACUAUCAAAGAAAUGGAAAACGCCAUGGGGAUUUCAGCCAAAAAUGCCAUGGGAGUAAAUGAUGAAAAAGUAACUGAUCCGGAUAAAUUUGAUAAAUAUGAUCGUACUCAAGAGAAUUGUGGUGUAGCACACAAAGAUCGUGAUCUAAGCCAAGUUCAAGAGAUCAACUCGAUACAAGCAAACGAAAAUAAUGCUAUGCGCGGAAUUUGUGAAGGUGGUGUGAUUAAUGUGAAUAUUGUUGCUGGAGGUUUAGAUGCAGCCGAAGCAAAAGAGCGUAUAAAGCAGCGACGAGAAGAGGAUCAGAGACGUGAAAUUGAACGUAAACAGGCAGCUGCUAGAAAAUUGCAGGAGCUGGAGGAAAAGCUUAGUCGAAAAAAGAACGAUGAAUUAUUUGAUGGAAGAUCAGGCAAUAAUGAUAAAAAUAUCAGUGGUGGUAUAAACGUAUCUAUAUCUACUACUGGUAAUGUCGUCACCCCGUUGUCCAGCAAUAGAAUGGAAGAAGAGAAGACUAUGGAAAGUGUUGUUGAACACUCUACCGAACGUAUAAUAUCUGUAAAAAUACGUGGUAAAAGUGGUGAACGUGCAAAUGUGAAAGAAAUACGGUAUGAAUUCGGAGCUGGAGGACUAAGACAUGAUCGCGAGGGCGGAAAUCUUAGUGGAAGCACUAGUGCUAAUUGGGAAAUGCCAGGAUUUUCCAAAACUUUUCAAUCAAAUUUGCCACCGAGGUUCCAGAAACGUAAACUUGAACGAAAUACAUCUGGUACAAAUUUGUCAACGACUAAUAAUAUGACUAGUAAUCAAACUUUAUUACGAAAUGCUAACAAUUACUCGUCCGGCAGCGCAGUUCCUCCAGUAACAAAUUCUGGCAAUGAGACUAAAAGCGCUAUACCGUUUGCACAACAAUAUGAUCCACGAUUUAUCCAUAACCAACAAACAUACGGUCGAAGUGUAGCCGCCAACGCGAUGACAAGUUCACGGCGAAGUGGAACAAUGGCAACAAACGCUCCUGUCAGAGAUCGCGAAGAUCGUCAACGACAGCAGUAUGAAAUGCGCGAACAUAAUCAACGUGAGGCUACAACAGAAAAACUAGACUCCGUGGAAGAUAACAGUCGAUUUAAUGUUGCAUUUGGAGGAUGCCCAGAAUCUUCUGCUAAUAAUCAGGCCAAGCAGAAUACUGUAGGCCGUAUCACACCUCAGCUGGUUCGUAGCUUAUCAGAAUCAUCCAAUCGUAAAACGAGUGUAUCAAGUGAUGAAAAUCACCAUAAUGCUGGUCACCAUUCUCACCAUACAUCGUCAUCUACGCACAAUUCUGGUAGCAUUGCUACAAUGUCUGGAAACUAUGGUCGAGAGGUAUCAUGGGAUACGGAAGUCGAUAAAGGGUCGUCGGCGUCAUCACCUGCCUCGUUCAGCGGUAACGAGCGCUCAUUACGCUUCGAUUGUGAACAACCGAAACAAAUACUGCAUCGGGUAAAGGAAGUGACUUCUCAAAUAUCUGACAUAAUGAAAGAAGACAAAAUGUCAAGUAAACGUAUAAUGAAGAACGUCGAUUGUGCAUCAAAACAGGAAAGCGAAGGGAUUGAAAGAAGCGAACAUUCAUUAAGUGAUACCGUUGCAACAUUAAAGGAAAGUAAUGCUAAUAAUUCCAAUGUGGUAACGGAAGCGGACGCUAAUAGGAUUGAUGUAUCUGCAGAAAAAAAUAGCAAAUUAUUGCAAUCAGAAGAAUCAUCCACAUUCGGAGACGUAGAAGCAAAUAUAAAAGAGAAUAUAGAGUCGUGUCUAAAUGAAAGCUCAAAGGAUGCCGCACAUUUAGAUUCGCAGCAAUCAAGGCCUUUGUCUGGCACAGAAGAUAAAAAAGAAAUAGGAUCAACAGCUACGGUAGGUGCGUCAUCGCAGCAACAUAGUGGUAAAAAGAAAGGCACAAUUUUGAUACACCAACAACAUUUACGAGAUAAUCGAAGACAUGAUACUCGCGGUGGAUCUCGUGGAAGUAGUUAUAGUGGAGGAUUCCAUCGUGCAGAUGUAACAGGCGGUUCUUCUAUUAGAGGCGGAACAAGCAAUUGGAACAGAUCUCGUGGUGGAGGUAGAGUCAGUGGAGCAAGUCGUAGCUACAAUCAAGAUUAUUGGAGCGAGUCUGAAUUUUCUGAAGAAGGUUUUGAUGAACAAUCGAAGCAUCAUUUGCAUCAAAACAUUUACAACCAUUCAAUGGUGGGAAGUGCCGGGGCACAAAGUUUGACAAGCGCAGAUACAGCUGGCGCGGCUUCAAAGGAAGGCUUUGUUCCGCGUGGUGAACCAUCACGACGUGGCCGAGGUGGUGGGAAUGUUGGUUCAAAUGUAGCCGUUGCUAGUUCAUCCAAUACGAACAAUCGUCCAAAGCAACAACAAACCCCCUUCUCUGGUUGUGUAUCUUCAAUGGAUGGCUCGGGAAGCAUGUGUAAAAAGAUUGAAGGAUAUGGACCUCCCAAUUCAAAAAGUCCUUUUGGUGGUAGUACAAGUAAUAGUGAUGAUAGAAAUACAAAACAUCGUGUCGGCGAUAGCUUGAAGAGCAAUACUGGUGCUGCAUCCCCUAUAAGAGACGAUCGACCUGUUCAAAAAAGUGUUAGACCUGUCUCUUUCACUGAUGCUACCAAGGCAGCGGAAGAUGUGUCGUCUAUCGAUCAAGAGAAAAUCUGUGCGAUAGUAGGCGAUGGAAAAUCUGGUGCAAUAGAAGUUCGCAAUGAUGAAUCUCAUUCCAGAGAGGAUAAUCUUAUAUUUCAAAAAUCGAGUGCCAGGUCCAGCGUAACGGAUAACCGCAUGGCGAUGGAAACUAAUGACGCAUGCGAUACAAUUAAAUCUGGAACAAUGAUAGACGAUACCAAGACAAAAUCUAAAGGCAUCAUAACACCGACCACGACCAAAAGCGGUAGUUCUAUAACAUCGCAGCAACAAUCUAAAAACGCUAACACCUUACCAGGAACUAUUAAUAGUGGAAAUAACAGUUCAUUAGACGGUAGUUUUGCUUUGCAAGGCAAUUCUACGGUAGCUAAUACUGGAAAUAGUAGAGGAGGUUGCAGCAACCAUUUGCUAACGCGCAAGCAACAGUCUGUACCGCGAGGUCAUGGAGCAAAGGCUUCUAACACUGACGCUAUUUCUGAUAUUGCAUCUGGUCCUGGUUCGAAUGCCAAUCUAACGGUCUCAACUUUAAUGAAUAUCAACAAUAGUGCAAAUAAAACAGCAGCGACAUUAAUUACACGUUCUACUACUACAAUAUCCCUUGAAGGAGAACGAUCGUGUCAACAAUCGACAGCAGAGAAGGCAGCUUCCCCGAUUAAUAAUGCCAAGACUGAUAAUGAUAAGCAUAAUCUAGAUGGCAAUACUCCUCCAGUGAAUACGAUUAUAUUUGAAAAUACUAACUAUAAAUCCGGCGUAUCUGUGGCUGUGUUGAGUGGUAAUUCUGCAAGCCCAGUAGUUGGUGAUUGUGGAGGAGUUGGUGUAGAUGGAAAUAUAACUAGUUUGCGACGUCAGCAUAGCGUCACAAAUUUUGGAUCGAAAGUAAAUACAGGAUUAACGAACGACAAGAUGGCUACUGGGGCUGCAGGUGUUGUUGGAUCAUUGAUAAAUUUACAACAAUCUAUGACAUCCAGCUCUUCAGCUCAUCGUCCGAUAACUACGACAACAGUUACAACAGCAAACGAAGGUGGCCCGCAGCAUAACAUCGUGUGUAGUUCUCAAAGAACGGCACUUUCUACUGGUGUUCCAAAACAACAGUCCUGCAACAUGAUUACAAGUUCGCUUCAAGGAAUUCCUUUUCAAAAAAAUGAAAAUGAUUAUAAGGAUAUUAAGUCAUAUUCUUUUGAGACUGAUAUAAGCCAUUUAAUUGAUGGUGACAAAGGCAUUAAGCCCCAAUCAUCAGUAUCAGCCGGGUUAUGCUUAUCAAAAUCAAUUGAAGCAGAAGGUGGUGGUAGUAACCAUGGAGGAGUAACAGUGUCAGUAAAAAAUAUGAUUUCUCCUUCUACUGCCGAUUUGAACAUGAAAAUAGCGAGUGUUAAAAAGGUCUGGGAAAUGCCAACUGUAGCAGAACAAACUGGGACGGUAGUGAAUACUGGAAGUGGAAGUAGUGCUAAUCGUGUCAAUGUUGGAAAUGAACAUUCAGUUAGUGGAGGUGGAAACGUUCCCAGUGGCAGCAAUGUGCAUAUGAAAUCAAGCUUUGUAAGGGGUCCACACCACCCAUCUCAUCAGUCACAGUAUCAACAUGCACAUCCCGGUGGUUCCAGUCACCACACCCAUCAGACGCACGGGACGCAUUCAUCUUAUGGAGCUGCUUUUGGAUCAGAAUCCGAUUCUUUAGUGGACCAUUUCAAUAAUUCCAGCAGUGUAUGCAAUGCACCUGGUUCAGCUGGAUCUAACAGUGGGUGCGACAUAAACUCCACGAUUCCUCUCAACAGUGAAUGCAAUGACAGUUCUAAUGGAAGCUAUAGUCUGAGCCAUCAUCACUCGCAACAGCAAACAGCGAAGCCUCACCAACAGACACACCAACAACAACAGCUUCAGCAACAACAUCAUCAACAAGAAUUACAGCACCAACGACAACCACACAACUUGCAGGAACCAUCUUCGCAGCAGUCUUCGCAACAACAUACCCAGCAGCCACAAAAACAAUUGCAGCAACAUCAAUCACAACACGCACUACAACAACAUACACAGCAAUUGCAACGCCAGCAGCAACAACAUAAGGAUCAACCUCAACAUCUUCAGCAAUUGCAGCAGCUACAUCAACAAUCGCAGCAGCAACAUAAACCGCAAACGCAGGUUCAAUCCCAACCGCAACAGUCACAGUCCCAAACGCAAGCUGCAUCGCAAUCGCAAGCACAACCCCAAUCGCAACCACAAACUUCCCAAUCGCAGCUACAGGCGCAAAACCAGCCACAAAUGAAGACACAACAGCAACAGUCGCUACAACAAGCACAACAAUUAUCGCAACAACUCUCUCAAUCUCAGUCACAACAACAUCCGCAUCAGCAUCAGCAGCAACAUCCGUCACAUAAACAGUCGCAACUUCAACAGCAGUUACAGCAGCAUUCGGUGCAGCAACAUUCGCAACAACUGCAGCAAUCGCAUCAUCAACAAUCUCUACAAUUGCAACACCAGCAACAGACACAACAACAAUCACAACAACAUGUUACUUCUGUCGGUGUACAACAGCAUCAAGCAGCAGUGGCCGUAUCGCUGGGUCUAAACAAACAUCCGGUGGCAGAUGUGUUGGCAGCAGCAGUUGCUGCAAACAAUGUCAAUGUUUGUAAGGUAAAACCCACGCAACAAAAUAACGGUGGUGGUAUGCAUCAAUCAAGCAGUAUGGGCCUGUCGCCUCCGCCACAAAUGCAAAGCGGAUCCAUACCUUCCGCUCCGCAACCUUUCUUUCCGGCUCAAUAUGGUGUGUCUGCUAUACCUUCGCCCCCAGCGGUGCUAUAUAAUUCGCCUGCGGUUGCUGCUGCUGCUGCCAUGAAUUCACAAGGUGGAUUAUACAAUGCAUUCCAAAUUGAACCAAGUGGUCGUUCGCAAUUCUCGCAGUUCCCAGGACACUAUGGCACUUCCGGUAGCGCUGGCCCAUAUAAUGCCUAUAUGACGACACCGACUAAUAUGCAAGCAGGACCUACACCAGAGAUGUUUCAAAGUCUAUCGUCUCAAUUUCGCAUGGGUUCGGUUCAAUCGCCGUACAACCAAACCACUCAAAUGGGCAAUCCGAAUACAAUGCUUAUAUCAUCAAAUAAUAGUUCACUGAUGUCUUCAUCAGUAAAAUCUUCCACGCAACAGAUCGGUGCUAUCGGACAACCUAAACCCAACGGUGGCGGAUCAGUUAACCAGCCGCCAUACGGACAACAAUAUAUGAAUAUGUUCCCGCCAGCUCCACCGCUACAAAAUUCGGCAGCAAAUUAUUAUUCAAAUUCCGGAGGUAGUCAAACUGCAUUUUUUGGUACAGCUGGAGCAACAGGCGCUGCCACGCAAAAUGCCUACGGUAUACCAGCAGGCGCAGUAGCUGCCUCUAAUAUGUUUGGUAGCCAUGGUGGACAGAAUCCUUCGAACACACCACAGCCUCCACCACCACAACAGCAGAUGCCCAGCUAUUCUUCCCAGUUUUUGAAUUCGCCCCUUUUAGCUGCAACUAAUCCAGCGAUGAACCAACAACAAUAUCGAGGAGCAUCCAAUAACAGUUCGCAACAUUCUGGAGCCAAUGCUACAGCUUACAUAAAAUCGAACCAAUCUCCACAAUCAUCCCAUAUCCAGCAGCAGCAACAACAACAACAGCAACAAGAUACUUGGGAACUACAAAAUCAACUAAUGCAACAUCAACCGCAAAUUUCAAAUCUACAACAACAAUCUGCUCCGCCUCAACAACUACCAUUAUUGUCCACUGGACCGGCACAAAAUUCGCAAAUAAAUCAACACUUAUCGAAUCACAGUCGCAAUGUGUUACCUUUAAACCAAGGAAACAAUCAGUUAGUUGGUUGUGGGAACAGUAAUACUGGUAACGGGAGCGCCGUUGUUAGUGGUGGAGGAAACGGAAAUACUGGUACUAACUCGAUACGUGUACAUCCACAAGCUCAAGCAACUGGAGUUUCCGGUCCGCGAUAUCCACCUCCAAUUCAAAGACCUACAAGUUUCACGCACGCGCAAAGCGUUGAUAUACAGCAUCACCAGCAAAGAUGUAAUCGUCCAAUAGGUUAUGGACAGCCAAAUGUCGGAAGUAAUGCAGGUCAUCAAACAGCUGGUAGUGGGUCAUCUAACGUUGCACAAGGUGUAAAUAAUUCAAACAAACAUUUUUAUGGUGGGAAUCGUGGAUAAAUAACUAGGUAAUUUAAAUGAAACAGGUCUUUCAGUUUUUUUAGAUACAAAACUAAUACAACCGUAGUAAAUAUUUUACAUAAUUUGCAAUCAGAUUUGCAGUUUAUCGAUUAAUGAUUAAAAUCAUUUAACUAAUUUCUUUACAAUAAGCAAAUCAAAAGAUGCGAAUAUAAGAGCUUAAGACUUUUUAAAUGAUUUCAAGCAUAUUUCCAACCGCGGGUUUGUUUCGGGAGAAGAAAACUAAUCAUGUACGUUAUUUUCCUCAAAAAUGUGAAUCUGAAAAAGGUUAUAAUUUUAGCAAAAGUCUUUUUAAUACUUUCCUCGCUUACGUCCAAUGUUACAUAAUAUAACCAUUUACGGAAACUGAUUGACUUAAUUGAAAUUGAUUCGUCAUCCCGUAAAAAUAAGUUGCAAUAGAACUAAAUUAUAAUUACUAGGAAAAAAUCCAAAACAUGUAUUUAAAAUUACGAAAUCUAUCUAUCUAUCUAUAUAUAUAAAAUUCUCGUGUCGCGGUGUUAGUGUGCAAACUCCUCUUAAACGGCUGAACCGAUUUAUAUGAAAUUUUUGAUGAACGUUCGGUAGGUAUGAGAAUAGGUUUACCGCUCCUUUUCGUUUCGCUAGGAGGCCUCUGGCCAAUAUUAUGAGUUCGUUUCUGUUUUUCCUACGGUGGUUAUCAAGUAGGCAUAAUCAUUUUUUCAACACGAAUAAUGUUGAACACUACUGAAACAAAAAAGUUCUGACGAAUAAAUCAAUCAAAGUAGGUACACAUGACGAUUUGUUUGUGUAAUUUUAUUCAUUAAAGCGUAAAGUGAGUGAUAAAUAGGUAAAAAGCAAGUGUGUGAAUAAUUAAAAAAUGCUAUUUAGUGAUUUGCGGCUCGGUGGCACAUGUGGAAUCGGCGCCUUACACGGAAGGACCUGGUAUUAAAUCCCAAUCGUCAAGGAAAACCAGAUAUGCCUUCUGAAGUAGCAGAAAAGAAGAACAAGAGCCACAAAAAAGAAGAAAAAUUGCUUUGGUUGGGAAUAUCAUUUGGAUUGAGAAUGGCAAUAAUUUAAGAAUUUUCAAAUAAUCAACGAUAUUCUCUAAUCACCACUCUAAUAAUACCACACGAAUCAAGAUUGAACACUCAAAAUGUUUGCUUUAAUUACAAAACACUUGUUUAAGGGCAAAGCUAGGUUUGCCGGGUAAGCUAGUAAAAUUCGUCAUUGCGUGAAAGUUAGUUAUCAAACCAUGUGCUUUUGGGGGAAAUAAAUAAAUUUGAAAAGUCCAAAACUUAAACAAAAGAACAAAAUAUAAAUAAAGAAACAAAGCUUUUGGAUAGCUAACAUUAGGAAAUAUUCGAUCAGAAAACAUAGAUGAAAUGACACAUUGUACAGGAAUCAAAGAGCACUGUUAAAGAUACCACCAUUGGACAUAUGUGUAUCACUUUAUAUACUAAUCUUCUACAGCGUAGAAAUUAAUUCUAUUAAAAAAGAACUAAAUCACGUUUAGACGUGAAGAAAUAGGAAUAAGCGAUCUUAGUAUUAUUCAUAGCAAUUAGUUAUUAAACAAAAAAACACACACACAAUUAAACGGAACAAAAUAUGACAUGAUGUGUCAUACAGUGUAGUAAGUGGAUGUGACUAACAUCAAGAUAAUAUUGUACUUGUCAAACUCGCUAAAUGCUCGCACCAAUAUAUUAUUGCACGCAUAAAAGGUGAAUGUAUAAUAAGCUGUUGAAUGUAUAAUGCUGUAAUACUACUUAAGAUUGUCAUGGUGAAAUAGUUUGUGUGCGUAUUAACGAAAUUAGUUCAAACUAAAAUGUAGGAUGCAACACAGUCAGUCGAAUCGACAGCAACAUUCAAGCUUUUCCUGAUCGAAAAAUCGAGACAUUCUUGAAAGCUAAAAUAGUUACGAAAUAAAAAACGCAACCAAAAAGCGAUCACACAGCUGUAAUCUUAAGUAAUUACGUACCAGAAAGUCAAAUAUAAUAAAACAAAGUAAAUCACUCA